AUGGCGUCAGCUUCCAAAAACCCUCUGCAAAACCCUUUCUCUUCGAAACCCCCAAGGCCUCCAUCUUCCGUAGCUCCAUCUCCCACCGCCGUGGCCUCCACCUCAGCAGAACCCCAAAUUCGGAACCCAAUCCCUAACCCUAGCUCAAACGUCUCACCGUCGACGUCGAAUUCGCCGAUUACGAUGUCGCAGGAGGAUCAGGUCCUCGCACGCUCCACUCACCUCACUCACCCUGAGCUUCUCCGACGCCGAUCGCACAACCUCAAGGAGCUCGCCAAAUGCUACAAGGACCAUUACUGGGCUUUAAUGGAGGAUCUCAAGGCGCAGCACAGGGAGUACUACUGGAGAUACGGCGUUAGUCCUUUCAAGGACGAACAGAAUCAGCCGAAUAAGAGACGGCGGUUGGGUCCAGAGGGAGAAAUUAUAGACGGCGACGCCGUUGAAGGUAGCGGAGACAACGGUACUAAUAAUAACGAUGGAGCUAAUGGCGUUAAGAGUGAUCAGUAUGCAAACAGCAAUUGUGGGAGCUGUAUGUAUGGAUGCAAAGCCAAAGCCAUGGCGCUCACGAAAUACUGCCAGCUGCAUAUUCUCAAGGAUAGCAAGCAGAAGCUCUACACUGGUUGCACAAACGUCAUCAAACGAGCUCCAGCAGGACCAUUACUUUGUGGAAAACCUACACUUGCAUCGACUGUUCCUGCACUGUGCAAUGUGCACUAUCAGAAAGCUCAAAAGCUUGUUGCUAAAGCUUUAAAGGAUGCUGGUCACAAUGUCUCUUCAACAACCAAGCCUCCCCCGAAGCUGCAUGUCAUAGUUGCUGCAUUUGUGCAUCAGAUUCAAGCAAAGAGAAAAAAUCCACGGAAUGAUGGCUUAGCGUUACACUCUUCCACAUUGUUCUUGAGCUUGUAG